CUUAAACGAAGUUGAAAUGGUAGCAAACUUAAAAUCAUAAUUAUCUUCAUGAUUCAUAAGAACAAGCUUUGGCUUGUUUGAUUCCAAAUUUUAAUGUAUUACCAGUUCUCAUCGAAGAGCCCUGUCUAUACAAAUUAUCCUACCCUAAUUAAACAAGUUAGACUCAACUGUCUAAAAUAAUAAUUAUCUAUAGUUCAUAGGAAACAGUCAGAACUCAGGAAAUUUCAUAAAAAAGCCUUUUGAAAAUUUUCAUAGCCACAACACAUCAAGAAGUUGUGAAAGAGAUAUUUAGUAAUGCUAAUUUCAACCAUCAAAGAUCAAGAAAAGCUCAGAUCUCAACCGGACACUUCUUGAAGUAUCAAGGAGGACAGGCUCUGCAACACAAGCUCUCGAUUCCCUAAUUUUAGCAGGUUCGAGACCAUCAAUAGUAUCAAAGAUAUUGAAGUGGCUAACAAGUCAAUUUCUAAUAGAUUUCAAAGGAAAUAAAUUAAGUCUUAAUGACUACUUCACUCCAAAAAGAGACAGAAAGCAAAGCCUAAAUACAAGCAGGUAUCGGCUCAAGCCUUCAACGAAUCACCAGAGCAUAGUUAGAAUCAAGGAGGAACAUAUCGUCUCCAAAAAAGCACAGCUUAGGCAUCUGAACCUCGCUAUGAGAAUUAAUCAGGCUUCUGAGAGCAUCCAAAACUCAUGCUGGAAUGGGAAAACUCAUAAAUUCAUAAACAGCUUCCACAAUUCAAUGUACGAAAAUACCAGAAUUGAUAGUUACAAACUCAAAUUCAGACGUGAAAAGAACCACAAAAGGAGCCUUGAAAGAAAAGAGCAGCAGAAAAUGAGAAUUUUUAACGAAAUCAAGACCAAAUAAUAUGGUUGCCAAAUUUUUCAAACACAGGUUUGGAGUUCACGCUAAGUAUUCCCAAAUACGGAAAUUUAGCAGCGAUCAACUUGAAGAAAUGUUACUAAAGAAGGGCUUGAAGAAGACCAGAGCUCGAGCUGCGAUAUUGAUACAGAAGAUAAUCCGUGGUUAUAUCUUCAGAGUGAAUUAUAAAUAAGACCUUAAUCAAACGAGAAAAAGCCGUUAUAAAAAUUCAGAAUUCCUGGAAACGCUAUCGGAUGCUUACCAUGAUUCCCAAAGUUAUCAAAGAACGUAAGAAAAGAGCAUUUGUGAUCAUCCAAAAGUAUAUGAAAGGAUACAGAGACUAUACCAGAUACAAGUAUGAACUAAAGCAUUUUAGUCUGGUCAAUAACUUCAAAUUCUUCAACAAAAUCCGCCAAAAGUUGUACGUAAAUUCCCACAUAGUCAUCAGCUACUGGUGGAGAAGAUACAAACGAAGGAAGGCAAAGCAGCUUGAGAGGCAAGAAUUGAUUAAAAAAUCAUCAAAGAAAAAGAAUGUUUCUAGGACAGAGAGAAAGCCAUAUUUAAAGCAGGAGAAAGUUGAGCCUAAAAUUACCAAAGUGUCCAGGCCAGCCUUUCCUGCUAGGAGGAUUAGCACUCUUAGAAAUAACACCUUAGCUGCUCGUAGGAAGAGUCAAUUAGGCUUACCGAUCCUUAGUGAGGAUAUUCUUAAUAUCAAUAAUUCUAAAAGAGCAACGUUGAAGCAUAAAGUUUCAACAAAAGGGAUAAAUACAAAAGAGACUAAAUUCCUCAAAUCUCAAGCCCAAUCUGCCUUACUGUACAAGAAGAAACCUAGUGUAUCAAACCAGGAUGUGCUUGGAGGAGACAUGAAAAUUGAUGGAUUUAAGAAAAAGUUUGAGACCUUAGCUCCAACAGAAAAUCUAACCGAUUCUGACAAGCCCAAGAGUUCUAAAACCUUAUCUAAAUUUCACCAAGUAUCACAUAAUAACAGUCAGAAUGAAGUUGAGAUGUUCGAACACUCAAUGAGUCUUAAAGAAGAAUCUCCUUUUAACAAUAAAAAUCAUGAAUCUACUCGUCGUAUUGAUCCAGAUGCUCAAAUAUUGUUGGAGACCUCUUCAUUACAGAAUGACACGGACAUAAUUUCUGAGAAAUCAGAAGAACUUGAAGGAAACAUUUAAAAUGAAAUUACACCAAACUUUCAACAAUAACC